AUGGGUCAGUUUUACGACUCUUGUCCACAGAACCUGCUCGAAUGGAUACAGAAGCAACACCUAUUCUGGGUCGCGACGGCACCACUUUCUCCUGACGGACAUGUCAACGUAUCUCCGAAGGGAGCUUUUGACUGCUUUCAUGUCGUCGGACCAAAUAAGAUCUGGUAUGAAGAUUAUACUGGAAGUGGUAAUGAAACUAUCGCCCAUCUUCGGGAAAAUAAGCGAAUUACAAUUAUGUUUUGUGCUUUUGAUGGUCCGCCUCGCAUUGUCAGACUCUUUGGGACAGGUCAAGUGUACGAAUAUGGAUCCCCGGAGUAUAACGAAUUUAUUCCGAAAGAAACACGCAAGCCGGGUUCGAGGUCUGUAAUUGUCGUCGAUGUCCAUAAAGUAGGAUCGUCCUGUGGAUACUCUAUCCCGUUCUAUGACUUCCGAGGAGAGCGCACCUUACUUUUUGAAUAUGCACAAAGGGUUGAAAUGAAAGGGGACCCAACAGCCCCAGAUCCCCGUGCGGAUAAAGGUCUGCGGGAGUAUUGGGCGACCCACAAUACAAAGAGCAUUGAUGGCCUUCCAGGAGUUACGUGUGCACUUGACGUAUCUGAUAUGCCAACGAGUAAGUGGAGUAAGGAAGCGGAGCUUGCGCGGGGCAAAGAGAAGGCGGCGAUGAAUCGGAAUAGGAGGGGUGAAGUAAAUCUGGUUGGCAGUAAAUUGCAUUCUGCUGAGAUGAGCGCGAAACUGGUGGCUGCAUUCACUAUUGGCGUCUUUACCGCACUACUGAGCGUGAAGAUGUCUGGAUUGAUUGUCUAA